GCCGAAAAUAGAUGUUACAUCCUGAGAAAAAAAGAACGUUUUUCAGUUUUUCGAUCACCUGUUGUUUCGUUUCGGCUGGGUACAGCCAUCGAAAAGAAAUCCUCCUCUUUCAUGCUUUUUGCGAGGAGAUGCAGAAUGGUAACAAAGAGGAAAUGCAACUUAGAAGCAAUCAAGAGGUUCAGAAAAAUACUCCAGAUGCUGAUUGUCGUCACAAAUUGACCCGGGCACAAAUUAUGUAACUUGCUCGGCUAAACUAAUAGUUCAGAUAUUGGGCGCCAGCUGAACAGUCCAUCAGAUAUACUGCACCCGCGGUUACUCUCGACUAAAGUGAUUCUAAAAAACUGAUUUUUUUUCGGAGCAGUAUAAGUCGAUUGAUUAGCUUACCUCGUUAAAAGGGAUGGCUACAUAUGCAAAUAUUUUUCUUUUUUUUUUCUUCGACAAAUUAGGUGUUUCCUAAAACACUGAUCGGAAAUUAAACCGAAACUAACUUGCGAUUUGCUCAUAUUCUUAGAGAUUUAGCACGUUUCAGAGAAGCUUAGGAACAUGGCUACAAUAUAAGAAACACAAUCGACCUUGGGACGUAGACCGGCUACAACGCACAGGAAGAGUACAGUAUGGAAAACGUGUGUCUAAAAGACCCGUGUUCUUCUAUGUAGUCUGACUUGCAUUCCCUUUAGCUAUUACUGAAAUGUUGUUGCCAAAGCUCUCUCUCUCUCUCUUCUUUAAUCUUCACUGGAGUUCAACUCUUAAUGUCAUAAAUAAAAGCAAAUUAGAACAGAUGCCGGCGGAUCUUUUGAGAAAUUUGCUCCAUGUGCAGUAGCGGUUCUUCCUAUAUUGCUAAUAGCAUUUUUGGAACGAGAACAUUACGUUCUUCCGUAAUCUAAUAUCGAUUGUAAAACUGACGAACGUACAAAAUCAUAAAUGUUCCCAGGUAUAUUCGAUAUUCAAAGUUGUCUAUUUACUAUUUCCGUCACUCGCUUCCGCCCUCGUGUCGCAAAACCGGAAAAGAUAGUGCUGUCAAAAAAUCCCAACCAGCCAAUCAGAAUUCAACACUGAGUCACAUGUAAAAACAGAACCAAACCAUGCGAACAUCCUGUCGAGCGGAAGCGAUAUGCGCGAUCACACUGCUACUCUAGGUACACCAUGAGUAAGUUGUAAACAUUUUCCUUCAGGAAACGGUCUUGAGGGCAUGUCCUCGAUAAAAUUCCAGCGCAGUGGUGCAAGAUUUCUCAAUGAUGCGUAGUUGUUCGGGGUGGUUUUGCCGCGCUGACCUUGUUUCGUCCGUGUUUUCACCUCAAUCAUCAAGACAGGAAACUUCACGUGAAUUUCGUUCCAUUCAAUUCGCUACCUCAUGGCUGCCGUAGACGAUGAAUCACUUUUGAUGGAAGAGGAAAAACUGCAGCAUAAUUCAAUCCACAGGCAGUUAAAAGUUCUAAAAGACAAGAUUUCGGACUUGAGCAAAACAAACUAUGAAUUGGAAAGGGAGGUUCGCUUCUUCGAUCAGCGUAUUGGACUUCUUAUUAACCACAAGAAGGCUGUGGAAGAAUUGGCAGAUUUUUCUAUUGAAGGAGAGCGAACCUUGAAAGUCGAGGUAAUAGACAAUGACACACAGCAAGAGAAAUAUGGAAAUCUGUUUUUUCUCCUCCAAACGGAGGCUAACUACCUAGCACAGCUGACAAGGAUUGUUUCGCUAGCAGAGAUUGACGACCUAUUACAGCCUGUCUUAUUCUCAUUAUAUGGCAAUCAGUAUGAGCUUAGAGAAGAACAUCUAUUACUCACUUUGUUCCAGCUGGCUCUGAAAUAUGAGGUUAAUGAGUCUGAGACAUUUAACAGCCUCCUUCGAGCAAAUACUGCCAUCACAAGAAUGAUGACAACAUACACAAGAAGAGGGCCAGGUCAGGAAUACCUUAAAUCAACUCUUGGACCAUGUAUUGGUCAUGUUGUUGACCGGGACAAGCUGGUACUUGAAAUCAAUCCUCUGAAGGUUUUUGCUGAAAUCUAUGGUACAUUAGCCGACUCCUCUGGACAGUUGACCAUGGAGCGAGCCAUGGAUGACUCUGGUGUGCAAGCCACAAUACAAGAACGCAGUACUCAGCUUCAGACAAUGGCAUUAGAAUUUGUUUCUGCAAUCACAAAUUCACUCCAUGAAGUGCCUUAUGGCAUCAGAUGGCUGUGCAGUACUAUUGUUUGUUUAGUCAAGGAGAAAUAUCCUGAUGUUUCUGACACAAAUAUCACUUCCCUGAUUGGUGGAUUUUUUCUCCUGCGAUUCUUAAAUCCAGCAAUAGUCACACCUCACGCCUUUAUGUUGGUCGGUAAACCUCCAAGCCAGUGUGCACGGAGAAAUCUAACAUUGAUAGCAAAACUGUUACAGAGCAUGGCUAACCGACAUGUAGUAAGAAGUCAUUUCAAGGAAGAAUAUAUGCAGCCUCUGCAGUCAUUUGCAAUGGCGCACGUUGAUGAUGUACAGAAUUUUUUGACACACUUAUUUAAAUUUAAUGAAAUUAAAGAUUUUUAUGAAACUUUAGAGGUAAGUCUUUGUUCAAUCUCUUGUCGUAGCAAUGUAGUUACAUAUACUGUACAUCAUUUAUCUCCAAGAACUAGUAUUAAUCCUUUUCUUCCCCUUACCGUUUAGUAAUGAAUUCAACUAGAUAGAUAAUAAAGAAUACAGAUGCUGAUCACUACAGUAAAAGGUCUUUGUUUAGUUCCAAAUUCUCCCAAAUGAAUAAUAGAAAAUGCAUGAGGUAAAUAUGGAUAAUUUUCACUCUGAUAUUGAGACUAAGGCCCAGUUCAGAUGCCAAACUUUUCAUGAGCCAAACCUAGCUGAUACAUUGAAUUAAGUACAUGAAAAGUUCAGCAUCUGAAUCAAUUAAGAAUGGCUAUUUGAAUUUGGAACAGCUCAGCCAUUCUUCCCGCCUAGCUCAGCAGGGAAUUUCGGCU